AUGAGCACGGUGAAAACUGCCCUCAACAUCAUGAAAGCGCUUGUGAUGGCAUCAAGGGAAGGGGAUGAAAUAGAAAAUGGUCAGGAGCCGGAUAGUCAUGCAUCAGAAGCGAUGCAAGCGAUCAAAACUUCUUUAACAAAUAACAACUUCGAGGAGAUCCGGCGUCUCCUUUUGGACACUGACGGAGCGAUUGCCUCGGCGAUGGAGCUCAGGGCUAGUUUUAGUUUGGUUAUCAACGACAAUGGACAGGAAAGAACAGUGACUGUUCACCAGGGGAAUGCUUUGCAUUAUGCAGUCUGCAGAAGCGCAUUUUACGCAGCUGUUGCGCUGAUGAUUGCAGCACCAGAUCUGAUCACAGCUGAGUGCCAUUGGAAUGAGGAGGGCGCGGAUGAUGGAGACGACCAGUCGCCUAUGAAUCGCCUUCGAAGAUUCUCUCCUGUACAGCUAGCCAACAGAUAUGGUGAAUUCUUCGAGGAGACAAAUGCUGAUCUGAGCCAACUGUACUUCGCUGUUGCAUCUGUGAUGCAGUACUUUGAGCAGUUGACGGACAAGAUGGACUUCAUGUCUGGGGAGACACCGAUGCA